AUGACCACCAUGAGCUCCGCCCUCGACGACGAGGACCUCUCCCUGUCCAUACAGGCGCCGCGCCGUCCUUCGAAAGACCCCGCCCCCGAGCAGCUUCCCGCCCAAGGCACACCCAUCAUUCGCGCACCGCCAGGUCACGGUCAGCCAAACCCGAAGUCACUGCCGUCGCGCCUGGGUCAAUACAAUGUCAUCAGAACUUUGGGAGAAGGUUCGUUCGGCAAGGUCAAGCUCGCGACUCAUGUCGUCACCGGUCAAAAGGUGGCUCUCAAGAUCAUCUCGCGCCGCAAGCUGGUCACCCGAGAUAUGACUGGCCGCAUUGAGCGCGAGAUCCAAUACUUGCAGCUACUGCGCCACCCACACAUCAUCAAGCUAUACACGGUCAUUACCACUCCAUCUGAUAUCAUCAUGGUGCUGGAGUAUGCCGGUGGAGAGCUUUUUGACUACAUUGUUCAGCACGGCAAGAUGCGCGAAGACAAGGCGAGGAAGUUUUUUCAGCAGAUAGUAUGUGCUGUGGAGUACUGCCAUCGCCACAAGAUCGUGCAUCGGGAUCUCAAGCCGGAGAAUCUUCUCCUCGACGACCAGCUCAAUGUCAAGAUUGCUGACUUUGGUCUGAGCAACAUCAUGACGGAUGGCAACUUUCUCAAGACGAGCUGUGGCAGUCCGAACUAUGCAGCACCUGAAGUUAUUAGCGGCAAGUUGUAUGCUGGUCCGGAGGUCGACGUCUGGAGCUGUGGUGUCAUCCUCUACGUUCUGUUGGUUGGCCGCCUGCCAUUCGACGACGAGUACAUUCCGGCCUUGUUCAAGAAGAUCGCGCAAGGCAACUACGUCGUUCCCAGCUACCUCAGUAGCGGUGCUGUGAAUCUCAUCAGACGCAUGCUGCAAGUCAAUCCCGUCAAUCGAAUGACUAUCCAAGAAAUCCGCAACGACCCUUGGUUCAAGGAAGGCCUUGCGGAUUACCUUCAGCCUGCGGUUGAGGACUUCCUAGACACUGGCGUCGACCCCAACAAAGCCAUCGACCCACAUGCGCUCGCCAAAGGCAAGCCAGUCGCAGUCCAAGAAAAGAUUCACCAGCACGUCGUAGGCAAGCUCGGUAAGACCAUGGGCUAUGCUCCAACCGAUGUGCAAGAGGCGCUCUCCACGAAUGAGCCUAGCGCCAUCAAAGAUGCAUACCUCAUUGUACGUGAGAAUCAUCUCAUGAAAAACAAUCCAUCGAUGCAAGAGGCGCAACCAGAAUUUGGACAGUCGCCACCACCUUUCAUCGCCAACAGCCUGUCGUCCAUGCGAAACUCUCCUCAGCUUAGAGGGUCGCCGCGAUCACCACGUCCGCCUGUGUCUCCACUUGCUGGUAGCAACAUCGAUCACCCUCGACAUGGCUCCACAGUCUCCAAUGGCUCUGGCUCGAUCAUAGAAGCUCGUUCGCCAGCAUCAACUGUUGCCAUUUUGCCGUCAUCCUUGCCCGACUAUCAUGCUGCCUUUAUGAAAGGGCAGAUCAAUCGGUCUUCUGAUCCUAAUGGCGAGCACGAUGACGGUGAGAAGCCGAGAACGAGAGAGGAGCAGGAAGCGACGGCACGCCGCCUCAAGCCGCAUAGCAGAAGCUCCGCAAACUUGAGCCGCCACGGGAGCGACAAACCAGAGCCGAUGACCAGUAUUCAAGAAGGAGGCAAGCACACCAAGAAGCAGCGACCGACCAAAUGGCAAUUCGGUAUCAGGAGCCGCAACUCGCCCGCAGAGGCAAUGCUGGCAAUCUACCGCGCUCUUCAGAAGAUGGGUGCUCAAUGGGAGGUUGCAAAGGCGAAGGAGCCCGGCGAGCCUGCUAGUGGCGAGGCCAGUCCGGAGCGAGGGAACGACAGAGAGCGGAGCAACAGUCCAGAGUAUAGUGACUCGGACCCAGGCUCCGGCACCGACCCAGAGUAUGCGACCCACGAAGAGCAAGAACGCCGCCGCGCCAAUCGCCGUCAGGAAGGUGGAAACCAUCCUCGUGGUCGCGAGCGUCACGGCCGAUGGAACGACUGGGGCUACGAGAUUCCUGAAGAUCCAUGGGUUAUCAACGCACGAUUCAAGAAAGAAGGCAUGUUCCCAGCUGGUGUUCCACAUCCAGCCUCAGCCCACAGCUCGCAGGUCGACUUGAACCUUAGGAGGGCAAGUUCUGUCCACAUGUCUCCGGCCGGGGGCUCGAACAAUGCAAGCCACACAUCAAGUGCGGCUGGCAGCACCGAGAACAUGGCAGCUGUUGGUCCAGGACAAGGCAGCAAAGCCAAUUCGGUGUACAGUGGUAGCACGGCCCCCACCGAAGCUCCAAAACCAGAGGAGAGCGUGUGGGUGUACGUUACGAUUCAGCUCUACGCCAUCGAAAAGGACUUCUUCUUGGUCGACUUCAAAUGCGCUGGCUAUGAGAGACUCGUCCGGCGGUUCGCGCGAGAAGUGACUGGCAGCAACGAGAGCGACGUGGUAAAGCACGACAACGCGCCUGAUGGCUACACCUCCGCGGACUUUGACGAAGAUGAGAGUGGUGAGCAGUUGGUCGGCGUCGGCCGCCCUCUGGAGGAGAAGGAGAUUACUAGUCCCUUCCCAUUCCUGGACGUGGCCAGCCGUCUGAUCAUCCAGCUCGCCGAGGCGAACGACUAG